AUGCAGUGGAGACUCGUGGCAGCCCUGCGAUCCGGAGAUGAAGGUGGUGCAAGAACCAUGCUUCAGGAGGCGAGCACCAUCGUUUUGUAUGAUGUUGUCUUCUGCAUUUAUGUGCUCCUAUUUGCUGCUGGAGUCAUAUUCUGCUGCUUGGGAAUAGGGUGGUGGCAGACUUGUGAUGUGGAUUCAUGGAACCCUUUCUGGGCUGCAUUCCUGCUCCUGAUAUUUGGUCUGUGGAGCAUCAUCUUCAGCUGCUGUUGGGGCUUUAGCCUGGGCUGCUGGGGCUUUCUGGAAGGGCUUGGUGUCUCGUCCUCGGUUGGUCGCCUCUUCUUCGGCACAGCUGGACCUGCCGGGCCUGCACCUACUCCACCUCGUCAAGCUCGCCAGUCUUGUCGGGAGAUGGCGCGUGCCGAACUAGGACCAGUCGCGGCACAGGCGUUUCAGGGUGCUGCACCAUCUGCACCACCAUGA